AAAAAACAGCUGACAUUUUGUCAUGCACUUUUUAUGUGCUUUCGAUGUCAUUCUCGAGUUUUGUAAAUAAUGCAUAAUUAUGAACAAACAUUGCACAGAACUACAAGUUCAUCAAUUGUCGAAAGUAAAUGCAAUAAUAAAUAAUCAAAUGUGAAAAUAAGUGAAGUAAAAUUAAUCAGAAUCACUUUGCAACCAUGGAGUCUGAUAAAAAAGAAGUGUCUUCCCUCCAAGAACAAGAUUCAUGGAAAUCAUUAAGCAUUAUCUCAAAAUUAUCUCUUGAACCAGAAACCCGUUUGCAAAGUCUUGGUUUUACUACGAAUAAUGGAAAGGCUAGAUUUAUAUUAGACGAUGAUGCACAUCUGUAUUCGAAUCCUACAUUAACAAAUUUUAAUGUUGUUGACGAAAGUGAUUCAUUGUCCUUUGUGGUAUUAGGAAACAACUCAUUGGAUUGCAUUCAAGCAUCCUCGCUUGCAUGUUAUAUUGAUAUUCAACAAAAAGGCAUGUCACUUGAUCCUGGCACUAUGGUAACAUCAUGGGAAUCCACGGAAGUGCAUGCAAAAUUAAAUGAAUUAUUGCAAGAAAAUUGUAAAUUAAAGGAAACAUUGAAACAGAACAAUGUUGCUAUGAAGCAACAAUUUAAUACUCUUGCUAGUUGGCAAGAAGAAAUCAUGAAAGUGCAUCAAAAUCAUAAGAAAAAGUUCUCUGAAACCAAAGGAUUAAUAAAUUAUCUUAAGAAGGAAAAUACAGAAUUAAAAAUAAAACUUUCCACUGCGUACAUUAAUAAUCCAGAAAUGGAAUAUGAGGUUUUAAGUAUGAACGAAAUACGUGACAGUACAAAAGAAAAAGAAACAUCUAUUCCUGUAAUUGAACACCAGGAACAAGUAUGUUCAUCAACAAAUGAGUUAAAUACUUAUAAAUUGAAAUGCAAAAAAUUAUCCUCAGACGUUGAGAAUUUAUUGAGUAUGUCGAAUUUAAUGAGUUCUCAGUUACAGCAAGCUACUUGUACAAUACAAGAACAAAGGCUCAAUAUAAAAAAAUUGGAGCAGCAGACUGCAAUGUUGCAGUCGAGCAGAUCAAAUAAUUCUAACCAAUCUCUAAUUUAUAAUACUUCUAACAAUUUUGAAAGUGUAAAUAAUUGCACCGAAUGUGAUAAAUAUUUAACAAAAGAUAAAGAAAUGAAUUCUUUAAAGAAAUCGGUUCUUGUGCUUGAAAAUAAAUUGCAACAUGCUACUGAACCUGUACAGUUUUGUGUUAAAAGUUCUGUGAAUCUUAACAAAUGUUAUCAGGCAUAUACUGAUAAAGUACGGCACUACAACGAGAAGAUGCAAGAUUUAAUAACUUGUUUCGAUAAACAAAUUAAUCAUUCUACUCUCAUAGAAACAUAUUUGAAAGAAUUUAUAGAAGUUUUUGAACUUCUAGAAACAUUUGACUAUAGUGUGAUAUUGGACAGCGAAUUUGAUUUCCGCCAUAAAGUUCAAAUUUAUUAUAAAAAGUUUAACGAAGAACGACAGAAAAUUAUCGAAAAUAAAGAAAAUGCAUUUACAGUACGAAAUGAAUUGGAUAAAGCUUUGUUAGAUUGUUAUUUUCUUCUACAUGAACUGGAGGCAAUACUAGGGGAUAAAACUGAAGGAAGUGUAAUGAAACGUAAUGUGUUAUCUGAAUCAACUGAAAAAGUUACAGAAUUAAAAGAACAAACUAUCGACGAUAAACAAUUACUAGAACAAGAAAGGAUUUCACUUGUUAAAGAGAAGGAAGGUCUUGAAGAAGAAAAAAGGUUAUUUAGUCUACAAAAAAAAGAUCUCGAAAUUGAAUACAAAAUGUUGAACGAGGGGAAGGAACAGUUGCAACAGGAGAAAUUAGAUUUAUACGAUAAAAAAUCGUCAUUUGAUCAUCUAAGUGCAUUGUAUGAAAAUGGUUUCAAAGAAACGUUAGAAACAGAGAAGAAAAACUUUGAAGUAAAAUAUAAUACUGUAGUUACUGAAAUUGGUAUUUUGCAUCAAAGUAUAGAAAGAAAAGAUUCUGACUUAAAAGAACUGGAAAAAAAAAUGGAUCAAUACAUUGAAAAUAACAAUGUGCUGCAAACACAAUUAAAGCUUUAUGAAGAAGAUUUUAAACAGGAGCACAAAAUGAAAGAGUUAUUAUUGGCAGAAAAGGAAAGUCUAAAUACAGAUUUACAGAAUCAAAUAAAGUUCACUGUAGAAUUAUACGAAAAAUUGCGGACGACUAGUGAAUCUACAACUCAGAUCACAGAAGCUCAAUUAGAAUUCCCCAUAAUAUCCGCGCUUUCGUGUCCAAAAUGUAAUUGCAAUUUCAGAAAUAUGCAAUCUUUAGAACAACAUGUUGAAGUUUGUUUGAAUUUUGACUAGCGUGAAAUCUCGCAAUAUUAUUUAUGCCUAACAAUUGUUAAAUCGUUAAUAUAA